AUGCAAAAAGCAGAUGAACAGUCUGAAGGGGCACAGCAUGCCAGCAAAAGGACCACUCACUCCACUGACGCCUCGGCUCUCUGGUCAGAAAGCCACACCCAUCUGCACCAGCUCCAUCCACCUGAGCCCCUGCAGGCCCCGCCCAGCACUGGCAAGCCCGUCGGCUCCUCUUGCGGCCUCCUCGGGUCCAACAGUGGCAUUCAGGACCCCGAUGGCAGUGGUUCCGGUGUUCGCCCUGUCCUCGCUUGGCAUGCCGCCAUUAGCGCUGCUCGCCAGGCGCAGGGCGAUGUUGCAAAGCCCGAGAUAAGUUCACGGCCCUCAGUGUGCACCACUGGACCAGCUCCUGUGGGCUCACUGGCACAGAGAAAGAGGCAGCAGUACGCUAAAAGUAAAAAGCAGGGAGGAUCUACCAACAGCAGGCCACCCAGAGCUCUGUUCUGCCUCACCCUAAACAACCCAAUCCGCCGAGCCUGCAUCAGCCUGGUGGAGUGGAAACCAUUUGAUAUCUUUAUACUGCUGUCUAUUUUUGCCAACUGUGUGGCCUUAGCCAUUUACAUCCCCUUCCCCGGAGACGACUCCAACUCUACCAACCAAGAACUGGAAACAGUAGAAUAUGCCUUCCUGAUCAUUUUCACAAUAGAAACAUUUUUGAAGAUUAUUGCCUACGGCCUGGUCAUGCACCAAAACUCCUACGUCAGAAACGGCUGGAACAUGCUGGACUUUGUCAUCGUCAUAGUGGGGUUGUUCAGUGUGGUUCUAGAGAUGAUAACCAAGGACGCUGACUCUGGCGGCCAGUCUGGGGGCAAACCUGGGGGGUUUGAUGUCAAGGCCCUCCGAGCCUUUCGCGUGCUACGACCCCUUCGCCUUGUCUCUGGAGUUCCUAGUUUACAGGUGGUUUUAAACUCCAUUAUUAAAGCCAUGGUUCCCCUGCUUCACAUUGCUCUGCUGGUCCUCUUUGUAAUUAUCAUCUACGCCAUCAUCGGCCUGGAGCUUUUCAUUGGCAAAAUGCAUGCCACAUGCUACGUGAUACAAACAGGUGCCCUCGCAGAAGAAGAACCCACGCCAUGUGCUGUAUCAGGGCACGGCCGUCAUUGCCUGCUCAAUGGUACAUUUUGCAGAGAGGGCUGGCAAGGCCCCAACAACGGAAUUACCAACUUCGACAAUUUUUUGUUUGCCAUGCUCACAGUGUUCCAGUGCAUCACCAUGGAGGGCUGGACCGACGUUCUCUACUGGAUGAAUGAUGCAAUGGGCUUUGAGCUGCCGUGGGUCUACUUUGUCAGUCUGGUCAUCUUUGGAUCCUUCUUUGUUCUCAACUUGGUUUUGGGUGUGUUGAGCGGAGAGUUUUCCAAAGAGCGAGAAAAAGCCAAGGCUCGGGGAGAUUUCCAGAAGCUACGUGAGAAGCAGCAGUUAGAGGAAGACCUGAAAGGCUACCUGGACUGGAUCACCCAGGCUGAGGACAUCGACCCUGAGAACGAGGAAGAGGGAGACGAGGAGGGCAAGCGAAACCGGGUCACGCUGGCUGACCUCACUGAGAAGAAGAAAGGAAAGUUUGGCUGGUUCACUCAGUCCACAGAGACACAGGCAAGCAUGCCUAGUGAGACAGAGUCAGCGAACACAGAGAAUCACAAUGGAGAGGAAAACAAGUCACCCUGCUGUAGGCCACUGUGUCGUCAGUCGCGACGGUGGAACCGUUUCUGUCGCAGAAAGUGUCGUGCAGCCGUGAAAUCUGUGACGUUUUAUUGGCUGGUCAUCAUCUUGGUGUUCCUCAACACUCUCACCAUCGCCUCUGAGCACUACAACCAGCCGGACUGGCUGACAGAAGUACAGGAUGUUGCCAACAAAGUUCUCCUGGCGAUGUUCACCAUGGAGAUGCUAGUGAAGAUGUACAGCUUGGGGCUGCAGGCGUACUUUGUGUCCCUGUUCAACCGCUUUGACUGUUUUGUGGUGUGUGGAGGCAUUGUAGAGACCAUCCUGGUGGAGCUCGCCAUCAUGUCUCCACUGGGCAUCUCUGUAUUCCGUUGUGUACGACUGCUUAGGAUCUUUAAGGUUACACGUCAUUGGGCAUCUCUUAGUAACCUGGUGGCCUCUCUGCUCAACUCCAUGAAGUCCAUCGCCUCCCUGUUGCUGCUGCUCUUCCUCUUCAUCAUUAUUUUCUCCCUGCUUGGCAUGCAGCUUUUUGGGGGCAAGUUUAACUUUGACGAGACUGUGACCAAAAGGAGCACGUUUGAUAACUUCCCCCAGGCCCUGCUCACUGUGUUCCAGAUCUUGACGGGAGAAGACUGGAAUACGGUGAUGUAUGACGGUAUCAUGGCGUACGGCGGUCCGGCAUCCUCUGGAAUGGUGGUCUGCAUUUACUUCAUCAUCCUCUUCAUCUGUGGAAACUACAUCCUGCUAAACGUCUUCUUGGCCAUAGCUGUUGACAACCUGGCAGACGCAGAGAGCCUCAACACAGCACAGAAGGAAGAAGAGGAGGCCAAGAAGAGGAAGAAUAGUGUCAAUGAGGAGGACUCAACGUGUGAUGAUGACGACAAUAAGGGCGUUCUCCCAGAAAUCCCGCCAGGGCCUCGCCCUCAGAGGCUGUCUGAACUCAGCAUCAAAGAAAAGACUCUGCCCAUCCCGCGGGGCAGCGCCUUCUUCAUCUUCAGCAGCACUAACCCGUUUCGUGUAUUCUGCCAUAAGCUGAUCAACCAUCAGAUCUUCACCAACCUCAUCCUGGUCUUCAUCAUGCUCAGCUCCGUCUCUUUGGCUGCUGAGGACCCAAUACGCAACUUCUCUGCUCGCAAUAUUAUACUUGGUUAUUUUGACUAUGCUUUCACCGCAAUCUUUACUGUUGAGAUCCUGUUGAAGAUGACAGCGUUUGGAGCGUUCCUUCAUAAAGGGGCGUUCUGUAGAAACUACUUCAACCUUUUAGACCUGCUGGUCGUUGGUGUGUCUCUGGUCUCCUUUGGCAUUCAGUCCUCUGCUAUCUCAGUGGUGAAGAUUCUCCGUGUUUUGAGAGUCCUCCGUCCACUCAGGGCUAUCAACAGAGCCAAGGGACUUAAGCAUGUGGUCCAGUGUGUGUUUGUGGCCAUCAGGACCAUCGGCAACAUCAUGAUCGUCACUACGCUGCUGCAGUUCAUGUUCGCUUGUAUCGGAGUGCAGCUCUUUAAGGGGAAAUUUUAUCGCUGCACAGAUGAUGCAAAGUCCAGCCCAGAGGACUGCAAAGGUACCUACAUUCUAUACAACAACGGGGACACAGCACUGCCCAUGGUGAAGGACAGGAUUUGGUACAACAGCGACUUCAACUUUGACAACGUCCUUAUGGCCAUGAUGGCUCUUUUUACUGUCUCCACAUUCGAAGGAUGGCCCACUCUACUCUACAAGGCCAUCGACUCUAACAAAGAGAACAUGGGUCCCAUCUACAACUACCGCAUCGAGAUCUCCAUCUUCUUCAUCAUCUACAUCAUCAUCAUCGCCUUCUUUAUGAUGAACAUCUUUGUCGGUUUUGUUAUUGUCACCUUUCAGGAGCAGGGGGAGAAGGAGUACAAAAACUGCGAGCUGGACAAGAACCAGCGUCAGUGUGUGGAAUAUGCUCUUAAAGCUCGUCCUCUGCGACGCUACAUCCCCAAAAACCCUUACCAGUACAAGUUCUGGUAUGUGGUCAACUCUACUGGCUUUGAGUACGUCAUGUUUGUCCUAAUCAUCCUGAACACCCUGUGUCUGGCCAUUCAGCACCAUGGUCAGUCUCACCUGUUUAACUAUGCCAUGGAUAUCCUCAACAUGGUUUUCACUGGGGUUUUCACUGUGGAGAUGAUCCUCAAGCUCAUCGCCUUCAAACCCAGAAACUAUUUUGCUGAUGCAUGGAACACGUUUGAUGCCUUAAUUGUUGUGGGUAGCGUGGUUGACAUUGCCAUCACUGAGAUCAAUAACACGGAGGACAGUGCUCGCAUCUCCAUCACCUUCUUCCGUCUGUUCAGAGUGAUGCGAUUGGUCAAACUUCUGAGCAGAGGGGAGGGCAUCAGGACUCUGCUGUGGACCUUCAUCAAGUCCUUCCAGGCUCUACCCUAUGUUGCACUCCUGAUAGCCAUGCUGUUCUUCAUCUAUGCUGUAAUUGGGAUGCAGGUGUUUGGGAAAAUAGCCAUGGUGGAUGGAACACAAAUCAACCGCAACAACAACUUUCAAACCUUUCCUCAAGCUGUCCUGAUGCUUUUCAGGUGUGCCACAGGUGAGGCCUGGCAGGAGAUCAUGCUGGCCUGUCUGCCAGGGAAGCUGUGUGAUUCAGAGUCGGACUACAACCCUGGAGAGGAGAGAACCUGCGGAAGCGGCUUCGCCAUUAUCUACUUCAUCAGCUUCUACAUGCUCUGUGCUUUCCUGAUCAUAAACCUGUUUGUUGCUGUCAUCAUGGAUAACUUUGACUAUCUGACCCGUGAUUGGUCCAUUCUUGGACCACAUCACCUGGAUGAGUUUAAAAGGAUCUGGUCUGAAUACGACCCUGAAGCAAAGGGCAGAAUAAAACACCUUGAUGUGGUGACUCUGCUGAGGAGGAUCCAGCCUCCGCUGGGCUUCGGCAAGCUCUGCCCUCACAGAGUGGCCUGCAAACGUCUAGUGGCGAUGAACAUGCCCCUCAACAGUGAUGGGACGGUCAUGUUUAAUGCCACCUUGUUUGCUCUGGUCCGCACUGCUCUCAAGAUUAAGACUGAGGGUAACCUGGACCAAGCCAAUGAGGAGCUUAGAGCUGUAAUUAAGAAGAUCUGGAAGAGGACCAGCAUGAAGCUGCUGGACCAAGUGGUGCCCCCUGCAGGCGAUGACGAGGUAACAGUGGGGAAGUUCUAUGCCACCUUCCUGAUACAGGACUACUUCAGGAAGUUCAAGAGGCGCAAAGAGCAAGGUCUUGUAGGAAGGCACUCAUGGGAGAGGCUGAACACAACCAUGGCUCUACAGGCCGGCCUGCGCACGCUGCAUGACAUUGGACCAGAGAUCCGGCGAGCCAUAUCUUGUGACCUGCAAGAGGCGGGGCUGGUAAAUGUUGAUGGAGAGGAAGAAGAGGAAAUCUACAGGCGUAACGGCAGCCUUUUUGGGAACCAUGUCAACCAGGUCAGUGCUGAACAGCAAGGCUACUGCCACCCAACCACUGUCACCCAGCGGCCGCUACAGAUCCUGCCCUUCUCCUGUAGUGCCUCAACUGAACCCACCCAAACAAGCAGGAGAGCCAGCAACGUGGACAGAGGAGGGGAGACAGAGAUGAACUCUUCACCCGUCCUGUAUAACCAUCAUUAUCACUCCCCUCAUCCGCUUAAUUAUCCUCACUGUAUUUCCACUUGCCAUCAAUCGCCAAUACCCUCCAAUGCCAACCUCAACAAUGCCAACGUGCCCUCACUUCUCUCCAUGACCAAUGGGAGGCAGCAGAAGUGUUUGUUAAGGCAAGACCGUCCGUCCUCCACCAAAAAUGGAUCAUCAGUGUCCACUGACAGCAAGGGCAAACUUUGGAAGUCACACUCCACAAGGACACGCUACUAUGAGGCCUACAUUAGGUCAGAAAGCGGCGGUGGGCUCUACCCCACCAUUCGUCGAGAGGAGCCAGGGGGCGGGGACAGCGAUGAUGAGCGAGGCUCGGGAGAGUACUUCAGCGGGGAGGAGUUUCACGAAGACGACAUCAUGCUCCCAAAGGACAGGUUGCCCAACAAGGAACACCAUGAUGCAGAGGGAGGCUUUGACCUCGAGGUUUCCAAGGGCGACCACCAGUCUGAUGGUUACUAUGACGAUGACCAACUGCCCAUCUACCAAGACGGCAAGCGGUCACCCAGGAAAUGGAUUUUACCCUCUCCUCGAGCCUCCAACAGGCCAACAUUCAGUUUUGAGUGUCUUCGCAGAAAAAGUAGUCAAGAAGGCGCUCCUCCCUCUCCAUCCUGUACAGCUCUUCCACUGCACCUGGUGCAGCAACAGGUAAUGGCGGUGGCCGGUCUCGAUGCGAGCAGAGUUCACCGCUUGUCCCCUACGCGGUCGCUUUGCUCCUGGGUCACGCCUCCUGCCUCACCCAUCAGCCAUGACUGCUCGCCGUGCUACACACCACUCAUACAGGUGGACUGGCCUAGUCCCGGCAGCAUCGGCAGCAUCCCCGGAGCAGUGAAGAGGAGUUCGUGGUAUACAGACGGACAGGACGGUCCUACCAAUCGCAGCCACUCUCCGUCACUUCUGCAGUUACCUGCAGACAGCUGCUCACACUUCCUGCAGAAGAGAGGCAGCGCCAACAGUUUGGUGGAGGCUGUGUUGAUCUCUGAGGGUCUGGGGAAAUUCGCCAGGGACCCCAGGUUUGUGGCAGUGACGAAACACGAAAUCGCAGACGCCUGCGAGAUGACAAUCGAUGAGAUGGAAAGCGCUGCCAGUAACCUGCUGAACGGGAGUAGGGGCAACGGCAACGCUGGGGAAACAGGGAGCGUCAGCUCGGGCCUAAAUGUCAUUGCACAUCUUAGAGACAGCAGUAUCCAUGACUACAGCGACGAGGAGCCGUACGUUGCUCUGAAGUGCGAGGAGGACCUAACAGACGAGAUGAUACGCAUCACGUCGCUAUAGCAGAGACUCACAUUUAUUUAGGUUUUUUCAAUUGAAAUUCUACAACUAUUCCACAGUAAGGGGAUGUCUUCUCAGGAGUACCCUGCAAUAGACAGAACAUGUUUAACAUGGAUGGAUAAGAGAACAAAGUGCCUUGUUUUCUCUUUCUGUGGAUUGAUGAAGGGAACUGUAGGAGAGAUGAGAGAAACAGAUGGCAGCAUGGAAGAGCUCAGUUAAAUUAAGCAAAUGGGAACCAGAAAGAAUCUAUUUACUCGCCAGCCUGCCUGUCAUUUAGCAGGAAUUCAGCAUACGUCUUUAAUAAGUGGUUUGAUACAGCUAAAUAACCUGCCAGCCUCUAAAAGCCAGUCCAGAGCCCCCGUCAAGUUUUGUAUAUUUUUAUUGUUUUGGCUCCGUACAGCAACACAUUGGAUUUGAAAUGAAAACAACAACUUUAAUGGCUUUGAUUUGAGGGUGUUUGCAUCCAUAUUGAGUGAACAAUGUUGUCAUUGUUCUGCAGCACUGUCCUAAAAUGGUGUGACUUUGUACAAACAAGGCCAUGUAUCGUAUGCUGUUCGCUCAAUAUGAAGAGUCAAUAAAACAGCAAAUGUGUCACCUUUCUGAACACAUUGAUAAGUGACUGAAAGAGUGAUGCUGGCUUUAAAAAAGCUGCAUUUAUCCUGCAAAUGCUGCAAAAUGUCAGAUGAUUCCAGCAUUCCCUGUAGUCAGUUGAGUUUCAUGUCAUGUAUAUAUAAUGUGUUAUUUUAACCUUCAGUGGUCAU